AUGCACAUUGAAGUCCAAGUUGCAAUAAACUUCAUCAUCUCCUACCUGUACAACAAGGUACCAAGGCGGCAAGUCAACAUCUUUGGUGAGGAGUUAGAGAAAGUAUUAAAGGAAAAAUUCAAUGGUCACUGGUACCCGGAGAAGCCAUUUAAGGGGUCAGCCUUCAGGUGUCUCAAGACUGGGAACUUAAUUGACCCUGUGCUGGAGCAAGCUGUAAGGAAGAGUGGGGUACUUUUCCAGGACAUCUUAGAGAACCUCCCUCAGGAGCUGAUGAUUUGGGUGGACCCUGGUGAGGUUAGCUACAGGAUCAGCGAGAAGGGGGUGGUCAAGGUACUCUUCAGUGAGGCUACCAACAUCCAUAAAGACAACUUUGCCAACAGAGAGGUCAACAAGACUCUUAACCCAGAGGCUCAAUGUUUCAAACCUAUCAAUACAGUUAGUAUGGGACUAGCCAACAUGAGUCUAUCACCUCACAAGCCAGCAUUGCCACAUCCCAUGAGUGCAGUAUCCUCUACUUCUACAUCCUUAGCACCUCCUAAGACAUUGCUCAGCUUAGCACCAUCCUUCAUGACCUGGCCUACCCAGCCACUCACUUUCACCUACACCACCUUUGCCCAGACCAAGUUUGGCAGCACCAAACCUAAAACCAACAGCAAGAUGACUAACAGGAUGUCACCCAUGGAGUUCUCCAACUACAUCAAGCAAAAAGCCAUGCAGAAACAACUCCAUGUCGUACCCACAUCUCUAAGUGCCCAAAAUCUCUCCCCUGCCCAUUACUCAGCUACUACCCAUUCAAGGGCUGAAUACAACCCACAGUUAGACUACCACUCUCAUAUUUUAAAUCUCUACCUUAUGCAGAAAGCCAUACAGAAACAACUCUAUGUUGAACUCACAUCUCUAAGUGCCCAAAAUCUCUCCCCUGCCCAUUACUCAGCUGUCACCCAUUCAAGGGCUGAAUACAACCCACAGUUAGACUACUACCCUCAUUUGUCAGAUCUAUAUUGUCCCAAGUUCCCCUCAUCCUAUCUAGAACCCAAAUCUCAGUACUACAGGUCAGUGCCAGGCUCCACCUCUGGACCUCUCUCACAGCCCCAGUUCUAA